CUUUGCUUCCGAGUCUGGUGGAAGCGCCUUCCUUGGAAGCUUUGAAACAGAGGCUGGAUGGCCAUCUAUUAGGAUACUUUGUGCUUUGCCUGCUUCCAACUCUAUGAUUCUAUCAUUCUGUAAGUGAGAUUAAUCUCUUUUAUUAUUUGGCUUCUAGUGAGAGUUGUUCAAGGCUUGAUUUGCUCUUAGAUCCAUAGCUUUCUGAUCAUUUAUGGCAUCAGUAGAACUCUUCUCCAGAAGCACAUCUCAAAAGAAUCAAUUCUCUUCCUGCCAACUUUCUUCAUGGUUCAGCUUUCACAACUAUACACAGAAAUCCGCAUCCCCAUCACAAUUAUCAUCAUAAUUACAAUUAUACUCCUCGACCUUUUGUAUUGGUCGCACGACUCCUGAUUACUUGAUAUUAAUUCAGGUUUCCUCCCAACCCAAUGUGAUCUUAAUUGAAUCUGGUGCACUUUAUCUAUUUCUGAAUUUAUCUAUUUCAUAAUGUGCACUUUGCUUAUCCACUUUUGCAACCUCAUUGGUUUUAAUUCGAUGUUGUUAAUACUGCGUUUCUGUCCCCACCCCACCCCCACCCCCCGGUUAUUGUGCAUGUAUUAUUACUGGUUUUUCUUCUGUAUAUUGAUGUUUCGUAUUGUGUUAUUGUUUUGUAUUUGAUUUUGCUGUAAGCCGCCCCGAGUCCUCAAGCUAAGUCCCAAAUGCACAUGACUAAUAGAAAUAAUCAUUUAGGUGAAUUGUAUGGUUGCUCUGCUGAAAUGCAAUUGAAUGCACAGCAUUUUCAUCAGAUAGGCACAUGCAUCUGACUGUGUCAUAGCACCAUACAUGCAAUUCUGUAUUUGCAACUGUGAACUGAAUGAAGCUGGACCACACUGGGCAAAAUUGACCAACCACUCCCAUAAGGGAUGUAGGCAUACCUAAGAUAUCAAUAAUUUUCUUAUUUGGUACAAGAAAAAGACUUACUGACAGAUGCUGCUCCAGCCUCAAGAAAAGGAUAAUUCACUAGAUCCUCAGGCAGCAGUCGAUCCCACUUCUAAGCAACUCUUACUAUCAAGACGUUAUUUCUAAUGUUUAGGUGGAAUCUCUUUUCUGCUGUUGCUCAAUGUCCUUGUUUUUAGGCCAGCAUAAAACCGGGUGGCUUCCUUUUCAAUAUGACAUCCUUUCAAAUAUUUCAACAGUACGAUCAUACCUCCUCUUAACCUUCUUUUCUCCAAGCUAAGCUCUCCAAACAGCUCCUUAUAGGGAUUCCUGGACCUUUACCCAUUUUAGCCAUAUUCCAGCUUGUCUGUAUCCUCCUUGAAUCCUCCUUGAACCGUGGAGACCAGAACCGGACUCAGAGUUAUUUCAGGUGAGGUCUGACCAAAGCAGAAUCAAAUGGGACUAUUCUCUCCAUUUAGACACUAGACUCUUAUUGAUGCAGCCUAGAACCAUACUGACUUUUUAAACUUGCCACAUCACAUCAUUGUUGUAGAGAAACAUGGAAGAAACAUCUAAGAUCUUCCCACAGAACUAAAACUAGAAAAUGCUUACCAUAUAAUGAAAUUUGGUCCAAACUGUCUGCACCACUUUGCUUUCCAUAUUGUUACUGCUCACCUAGGUGGCUCAAUUUUCCGUGAACUGUUCCUGGCUAUCACAAAAUCAAAAUCUGAAAUCCAUGGGUUCGGAUUCAGCUCUGCUUUGCCUGGGAUGGUUAAUAUGUGCUGGAUGAUUUUGAUGAGGAAAAAAGAGGCUUUUCAUCCAUGCAAAUAGCAGCAGGAGGAGGAGGUUCCAUUCUCCCCACCUUUGAGGGCUGGAGCCUACAGAGAAAACAGCUCAGCUGAGAAGGUGCAGAUUUGAUCAGCAGGGGAUUGAGAGGCAGAGAAGGAGACAUUCUCCGGCUGCCGAAGAUGCAGCUAACUUUCUGUUGGUUGCUGCUACUCCCUCUGGUUGCUUGCAUCCAUCCAGAAUGCAAAAUAUUUCAGCAAGUAAUGAAAGAUGAGGCUCAAUGUUUGGAUAAAAACGAAUCUCUGCUGCCAGGAUUUCAAGGAUGUUCAGGAAUUUGGGAUGGACUAAGUUGCUGGCCCAGAGCUGCUUUUGGGGAGAUGGUGACUGUGUCGUGCCCUGGGUUUUUUGAAGAAAUAACUAACAUACAUGGGUUCAUCCACAGAAAUUGUACUCCAGGCAAUUACUGGUCUGAACCAUUUCCAUCGUAUUCAGUUGCUUGUGGGUUCAAGGAAGGCAUAACAGAAGAACCUGAAGAUGAGAAAUCAUACUUUUUGGCAUUCUGGCACAUCUACACUGCAGGCUAUGCAACAUCUCUGGCAUCCCUCAUAACAGCACUACUGAUCUUUACCAUCUUCCGAAAAUUUCACUGCACGCGGAAUUAUAUCCACAUGCAUUUGUUUCUCUCCUUCAUCCUGAGGGCAGCUGCAGUUUUCACAAAAGAUGCCAUUUUGUUCUCUGAUGACAGCAUGGACCACUGCCAGAUGUCCACAGUGACAUGCAAAGUGGCUCUGACAUUCUUCCAGUUCAGCAUUUUGGCCAACUUCUUCUGGCUGCUGGUUGAGGGCAUGUAUCUGCAGACACUGCUGGUGCUGACCUUUGUCCCUGAUAAACAGUACGCCUGGAGGUUCAUCCUGAUUGGAUGGGGUGCACCAGGAGUGACAACAUUGGCAUGGAUCAUAGCCAGGAUUUACAGACAGAAUACUGGAUGCUGGGAUGAUGAAGAAGAAAGUUCAGCCGUGCUGUGGAUCAUCAAGGGACCCAUCCUAUUAACGGUUCUAAUCAACUUUGCGAUCUUUCUCAAUGUCAUCCGCAUUUUGGUGCAGAAAUUACAAUCUGCAGAGACCGGAGGACGGCAUACAAAGCAUUUUGUGAGGCUGGCCAAAUCCACUUUACUCCUCAUCCCCCUUUUUGGAGCACACUACGUUGUCUUUGCCUUCUUCCCAGAAAGCAUUGGGAUGGUUGCUCGACUCUACCUUGAACUGGGAGUAGGGUCAUUCCAGGGUUUCUUGGUGGCCCUCCUGUACUGUUUCUUAAAUGGAGAGGUUCAAGCCGAGUUCAAGAAACGUCUCCGGAAGUGGCACUACCAGCAUUAUCUCAGCUUCACUCGGAAGCACCGAAGCCUCUCCAGAGAUUACAGCCCAACAAAUUACGUCACACAGUUAUCUCUGCUAGACAGAAUCAGUCCCAAAAGGAGCGUCUGCCCCAAUGACCUCGCCUCUGUCUGAAACUCUUAAACACUCUCCAGUCCUCAGAAUCACUGGAAAGUAUCCAGUCUUAGCAUUCCAGCAGCGGGCAGUAGCUGUACUACAGGUGACUUUGGUCUCAGCCCAAGGAUGGGAAUCUGGGGUCUUCAGGAUGUAUAGGGUGAUCCCAAAACUGGCUUCUUAUUGGUUUGGGUGACUGUAUAUAAACUCACUGCUGGCAAGGUUGACUCAAUGAAAGAAUACUUCCUCAGAUAAGAACCACAACUCUGAGGUCGCCACAACUUGAAUGUAAUGUUUGUUUUUCAGGGUUGGGUACUAUGGGAAAGCAUGAUAAAGAAAAAGAGAAGUUUUGCAGAGGAGCUACCAUUUUUGUUAGGUACUGUAAUUAUGAAACUGUAUUGAAUAAGUUGUUGUUAUUUCUCACCACCAUUUUCAGUCAGGGUGAAUGUCUGUGAGCAUGGAAAUGUUGGAAUCUAUGAGUCUUCACCACUGGAUAUGUUAGCUUGGGGUGAUGGGAACUCCACUCCAAUAGCAUCUAAAGUAGACAUGGGCAAACUUGGGUCCUCCAGGUGUUUUGGAUUUCAACUGCCACAAUUGUGGCAGUUGAAGUCCAAAACACCUGGAGGGUCGAAAUUUGCCAUGGCUGGUCUAAAGGGUGCAAUAGUCCAUCCCCAAUAUACCUCAUGUUUAAGACAUUUUGCCCAAAAUAGUUCAGUAAUCCUUAUUGUGUCCUCUAACAGAGGUCGGGGCAUGGUGCAGUGGCUUAAUCACUGGACUUCAACUCAGGAGACCAGGGUUCAAAUUCCAUGCAGUCGUGAAAAAUCAGAACAGUAGAUUGGAAGCAACACUCUGAGGGCAGAAGAGCCCCAGGGAUGGCUAAUGACUCUGAACAAAGGAUGCCCCCCAGGCAAGAGACAAACCUUUCCAAUGCUAAUUAGGGUGAUUAACUGCAACAUUAACUGGCUUCCAACUGACAAAGGACUAUUGUCACACCCUGGACUCUCCACAGAUAUAUAUUUUACCUUCCUUGCCUAGUCUCUCCAUGCCUCACAACCUCUGAGGAUGCCUGCCAUAGAUGUGGGCGAAACGUCAGGAGAGAAUACUUCUGGAACAUGGCCACACAGCCCGAAAGACAUACAACAACCCUAAAAUCCACAGUGAUCUUGGACAAAUUGCAUACUCUCAACCCCAGAAAAUGCUAGGGAAUGCUUGCUUAAAAAGCUCACUAUAAGUUGGAAAUGCCUUGACAGCACACAACAACAACAAAACAAAUGAAGGAUGUGUGUACACCACCCUUAGGUUUUUGGAGCAAAGGUGGGUAGGUGGCAUAUAAAUGUAAUAAAUGAAUGACUAAAAUAUCUUCCAAAACACAA